AUGGACAACCGCUCUAGUGCCACUGAAUUCUGCCUUCUGGGCUUCCCUGGGUCUCAAGAACUGCAUCACACUAUUUUUAUUAUAUUCUUUUUCUUUUAUUCAGUGACACUCCUGGGAAACACAGUGAUCAUCACAAUUGUCUGUGUUGAUAAACGUCUGCAGUCUCCCGUGUAUUUCUUCCUCGGCCAUCUCUCCUUCCUGGAGAUCCUGACCACAUCUGUAAUUGUUGCUGUGAUGCUUUGGGGUCUGCUGCUCAUGGAAACCCAGGCACUAUCUCUGAGUGGAUGUGUUGCCCAACUCUCCCUGUACCUCGCUCUGGGGACCACUGAGUUUGCAUUGCUUGCAGCGAUGGCUAUGGACCAUUACGUAGCUAUGUGUAAUACUUUGAGGAACAACAUCAUUAUGAACAACUGCACCUGCAUUUGGGUGGUCAUCAUGUCAUGGGCUUUUGGAUUCCUUUGUGAAAUCUAGCCAGUCUAUGCCACCUUUCAGUUUACUUUCUGCAAAUCAAAUCUAUUAAGCCAUUUUUACUGUGACUGAGGAUAAUUACUCAGAUUUUCAUGGGAUGAGGCUUUCUUCACAGAAUUCAUCCUUUUUUUAAUGGCUGUUUUUAUUGUCAUUGGUUCUCUGAUCCCUACAAUUGUCUCCUAUACCUUCAUCAUUUCCACCAUCCUCAAGGUCCCCUCAGCCUCCGGCCAGAGGAAAGCCUUCUCCACCUGUUCCACUCACUUCACAUUUGUUGUGAUCGGCUACGGCAGCUGCUUGUUUCUCUACGUGGAGCCCAAGCAAACACAGGCCGCUGAGCACAACAGGGUAGCGUCACUGCUGGCUUCUGUGUUGACCCCUUUCCUGAACCCUUUCAUCUUCACUGUCCGGAAUGAGAAAGUCAAAGAAAGCCUCUGUAAUGCAGUGAAAUGCUGCUGUCAGUUCCUCAGAGAUUAG